AUGACAGAAAACAAGGGUUCAGAGUACGACCGCGGUGUCCAAGAGGCAAGGCGACACCGCGCCCGUACGGAGGACAAUUGGUUGCGUGCGAGCCUCGGACCCUUGUUAUGGUUUGGCGUGCCGUUUGCCGUUGCAUGGGCACUAUUGCGUCGGCAAGGACCGACAGGAAACAGUUCAAAUCCAUUUGAAGGCAUGAUGGAGCAAAUGAUGCCUAUCAAGAAGCGCCAAUUCCGCGUUGAUGUUAAGGGUACCAAGUUCAACGACGUGAUUGGCAUCCCCGAGGCGAAGAUGGAGGUACGGCAGUACGUUGACUUUCUCAGAAGCCCCAACAAGUUCACUCGGCUGGGCGCGCGGCUNCCCGAGGCGAAGAUGGAGGUACGGCAGUACGUUGACUUUCUCAGAAGCCCCAACAAGUUCACUCGGCUGGGCGCGCGGCUUCCGCGGGGUUGUUUGCUCACUGGGGAACCGGGUACAGGGAAAACGCUCCUGGCAAAGGCCGUUGCCGGUGAGGCUGAUGUGCCCUUCUUCAGUUGCAGUGGUUCUGACUUUAUUGAGUUAAUGGGUGGAAGUGGACCGAAGCGUGUUCGAGAAUUGUUUGAAGAAGCGCGAAGUGCUGCACCAGCGAUUGUAUUCAUUGAUGAAAUUGACGCUAUUGGCUCCCGGGCGGGGAAGCAGGGCGGCUCUGUCAGCAGCGAAGAGAAUCGGACCAUCAACCAGCUCCUCGCGGAGCUCGAUGGUCUUAGCACUGGCUCUGAUGCUGUUAUUGUGAUGGCUGCGACGAACUUUCAGGAUAACAUAGACAAGGCACUUCUGCGUGAGGGCCGCUUCGACAGGAAAGUUAAUAUUGAAAUGCCUGACAAGGCGGCACGCGUGGAGAUUUUCAAGCACUACUUAAGCCGUGUAGGAACGGGCGACCCAAAUGGGCGGAUAGUGGACGAGGAUGGAUUGAAGUUGCCGGUGAGCGACAGUAUUAGCAACCUCAACUUGGCAACUGAGCUCGCUGACCUGACACCUGGUAUUUCUCCUGCGACGAUCGCAGCGAUUGUAAACGAGGCGGCACUCCAGAGUGGUAUACGCGAGAAAAAGUUGGUGGAAAAGGAAGCCAUUCUUGAAGCAAUCGACAAUACAUUGGUGGGCCGCAAGCACCGCAACCGUCAGAGUGAGGCGUCCCUGCGAAGGACGGCUAUCCAUGAAGUAGGCCACGCACUGACGGCGUGGAUGCUCCCAACGGUGAAGAAGGUAAUGAAGGUCAGUGUGGUGCCGCGCGGUAAGGCGCAAGGCUACACACAGCGUGCAGGGAGUGAGUACCACGAGUACCAGACAAACGCGACGCUCUUCGCGGACAUGGUGGUGAUGCUUGGCGGUCGUGCGGCAGAGGAGACACUGUUAGGAGAUCCAUCCGCUGGAGCAAUGGAUGACCUUCAGCGUGCCACCGACAUUGCCCUCAAGAAGAUGAUGGUGUUCGGUAUGGAUGCUGGUGCUGGGCUACUGUCGUAUCACCCUGAGUCAACGCAGGCGGGGCGUAUCUUUGUGAGUUUCUCAAACACUGCACAGCAUAUUGCGGAGGAGGAGGCCAUGAAACUUGUUUCCCUUGCCCAUAAGGUGGCAGUGGAAAUAAUCAAGGCGAACACGACGAAAAUUGAGACCGCAACAGCAGAGCUAAUGACUAAGAAGGAAAUCAUGACGGCAGACCUGGAGCGGCUGUGGGGAGGGCGACCACUAACACCAACGGUGGAUCAACUCGUAGAGAAGCUCAUGGUCUUACAGCAGCCGCCGCAAAAACAAGAAGCAACACCAGAUACCUGCUAA